AUGUGCCGUGCAUGGGUGGCUGCUGGCGUCGUGCCUGUCGUGGUGAGAACGGAGGAAUGGGGUGGUGGGGCAUACGUACCCCUUGCCCAUGACGUUGCCACGUCAUGGGCGUUGUCCCUUGUCCUUGGUCCAUCGUUCCGUGCUGGGGGUGUCAUUGUCGUUAGCGUGGGCGUCGUGCGACGUGACAAUAUGGCACGCCCUCAACUAUCACUGACCCACACUAUAUUCCACUGGACUGGGACUGGACUCAGGAAAGUGGCUGGCAGUCCAGUGGGAGUCCAGUGGACUGGACUGGACUGGACUCCAGUGGACUGGGCAUUCUGCCAGCCAAUCUGGCCUGGUAAGAGGGCCACUGGAAUCCACUGGAAUCCACUGGAGUCCACUGGAGUCCAUAUGGAUUACGUGGGGGAGGGUAAAGACCUCCCUGAAGGCAUCGAGGAGGCACGGAUUACACGAAUACACGACCAUGACCCUCACGAUGACCAGAGCCUCUUGCAGUAG